GGAAGAAUGAGCACACUGGACUCAUUGACCAAACACUUGCAUGCAUGUUUAUGAGCAAUAUAUUUCCCACAAAUCCCUACGGCAAACAGUGAAUCGUGAUGACGCAAAACACAACACGAGGAGAAACCGGCUGAACUCGCGAACGAAUAUAAAAUAAAUCCUAGACAUGCAAACAAUUAUACAAUGCAAGUUUUACUUCCGAAUUGCCUAUUUGUUUCAGUUACAUUACUUAUGAAGAUUAUUGAAUAGUUAGAAGCCGUACUAGCAGAAUUUCGGUAUCUGCCCUGUGCACUCAUCUGUUCUCGGUUUUGGAAUGGGAUUGCAGACUGACGUUUUGAACAGCAGAGUGACUCAAACGAACAAAUCCAGGACUUGUGUGAUGGCCUUUUCCUGCUCCAGGACUCUCUCCAUCAUCGGCAGAUCCUCCCUCUCUGAAGGACUCAGGCAGCUAUGUAUGUGUUUGGGUCCCAUGGUUGACUGCCAGGUUUGGGCCCCAUGAUUGGCUGCUAGGUUUGUAAAGUGUUCUACUCCUCCAAACCCAACCCAAGCCCUAUAUCCCCCAGUCAUAACCCCUUAGCCCUGUGUCAUUAUUUUUGCCUGACUAGCCCGAGCUCCACACACUACUAGCCCCAAACCCUUAAACCUUUGCCUCCAGAUCCCUCUCCUUUCUUUCCUAACACCAGCCACCUCCAGACCCAGUACCAGCCCCAAGCCCCUCUCCCAACCCUGUUCUUCCAGUCCCACCCUCUAUUCCCCUAGACCCCUACCCCUCUCCCCUGGCCCAGCCCCACAUCUAGCCCCAGUACCAUGCUGGGGAGGAACAUGUCCCAGAAGCUGAGCGUGCUGCUGAUCAUCAUGGGGCUGGCGUGGGGGCUCAUGUUGCUGCUCUACACCGGGCAGCAGCAACACCACCAGAGCAGUGGCGAGCUGCAUCAACAGAUCCUGGAGCUGAGCCGGCGCUAUGUCAAGGUGCUAACCGAGGAGAACCGGAAUGCACCGGGAGGCCCGCAGGGCACCUCCAUGGCUGGUUACGCUGAUCUAAAGAGGACCAUAGCGGUGUUGUUGGAUGACAUCCUGACGCGCCUGGUCAAGCUGGAGGGGAAGAUUGAGCUGGUGGCCAACACUUCAGUCACUAACUCCUCCCAUCUUGCUGUGGGUGCCCUGGCCUCAGCUCCAGUUGCCUUACACAAAGCCACCAAGCAGGACACGCCAGGCAACCACCACCUGGAAUCCGCUCACAUCUCUCCAUACACACCCAGCAGACCUCGGCCAGGGGUAUAGUAGGUUGGGUAGCGAUUGAGGCCCUGUUCAAGUACUUUACAAGUGCAUCCUUUCUUCCUAAGAUGGUCACUGAUCUAAUAAGGUCGGUAGGGUGGUAACUCUCAUUUCACUUGUUUAUUAAUUUACAGAUCAGUGAUUAUCUCAAGGGAGCAAGGAAAGAUGUAUAUAUUCCAGAUCAUUUAAUCCUAACCCUGAGAAAGGACUGACUGCCUGUUCAUUUCCAAUAACUACAUGGCUGAUUUCAAUUUUUUUACGAAGACAUUUUAGCACCUUUUUUAAUACUUUCAGUCAUGGACUAUCUUAGGCUUGAAUUUUAGCUUCCCUUUUUUAAUGGUUUCAACAUGGAUGGGUCUACAAACUGCAGAUGUCUUUGAGGAUGUCUGUGGGCAACAACAUAGCAUCAACAAUAGUAGAGGAAAUAGACAAACUUCUGUAGUGUCUUCAAGGAAGCUGAUGAUGCUGAAUGUGAAUGGCACUCCCACCCGGAUAUGACUUACCUCGGACAUACUGCCUGCGGAUUUGCAAUACUGCUUCUAAUCCCAUCCAUAUCAGAAUUCUGAACUAUAAAAUGUUCUCAUGGUAGUUUGGGAUAUAUUUUGUAGUUUACCGCAGCUCCUGGUGUGUGUGUGUGUGUUUGAAAUGAAAUAAAACAUUUAAAUAAUAAUAA